GGAGCUUUCUAAGUCCAGGGCUUCGCUGCUCAUCUGGGCUCCGCUACUCAUCUCCGCUCCAGGCGAGUCUACCCGCUCUCAGUGCCUAAAGUAGUGCCUGGCACAGAAAAUAUGCUCAAUUGAUGUUUGCUGAGAAAGAAUUGGGAGAAUUUCAACAGGAUGACAAAAUGAAGAAGAGAAUGUAGGCAGAUACUCCUGAAGAGUGGCUGUCAUUUUAGAAAAAUGAGGACAUUUAGUGGUUUUACAUUCAUGGCCUACUGUCAUUUGCUGAAAGCAUUUAUUAUCACAGUUACCAAGGAUCUGUACGUGGUAGAGUAUGGCAGCAAUGUGACAAUGGAAUGCAAAUUCCCAGUAGAAGAGCAAUUAAACCUGUUUGCAUUAAUUGUCUACUGGGAAAUGGAGGAUAAGAAAAUUAUUCAGUUUAUAAACGGGAAGGAGGACCUAAAGGUUCAGCACAGUAGCUACAGCCAGAGGGCCCAGCUGUUGAAAGACCAGCUCUUCUUGGGAAAGGCUGCACUUCAGAUCACAGAUGUGAAAUUGCAGGAUGCAGGGGUUUACUUCUGCUUGAUCGGCUAUGGCGGCGCUGACUACAAGCGGAUUACUUUGAAAGUCCAUGCCCCAUACCACAAAAUCAACCAAAUAAUUUCUGUGGAUCCAGUCACCUCUGAACAUGAACUAACAUGUCAGGCUGAGGGUUACCCCGAGGCUGAAGUCAUCUGGACAAGCAGUGACCAACGAGUCCUGAGUGGCAAAACCACCAUUGCCAAUUCCGAGAGGGAGGAGAAACUUUUCAAUGUGACCAGCACGCUUAGAAUCAACACAACAGCUAACGAGAUUUUCUACUGCACUUUUCGAAGAUCAGAUUUUGAGGAAAACAGUACAGCUGAGUUGGUCAUCCCAGAACCAUCAUUUAAGUUUCCAGAAAACAAGAGGACUCAUUUGGCAAUUCUGGGAAUCAUCCCAUUGUUAUUUGUAGCCCUGACAGUCAUCUUCUGUCUGAAAAGAGAUGUGAGAAUGAUGGAUGUGGAAAAAUGUGGCACUCAAGACAUGAACUCGAAGAAACAAAAUGAUAUACAAUUUGAAGAGACGUAAUCCAGCACUGAAACCUCUGAUCUUAAAGCAGGGAAUCUCAGCCUGUGUUUGAGUUCGUCAGGGCUAAGCAUGACCAGAGGUACACAACGGGCCAGUGGACUGUAGAUGAUGCAGGACUUAAAAAGCUCAAGCACUGAAAAUGGAAGCUGGGAAAGAAGAAGGGAACGAAGAACGGUGGAGUUACAAAGGGUUAGCCUGGAAGGAAAUCUUGGUACUUCAGAAUGACUGGGAGACUCACCGGUGUUUACAGAAGAGAGAAAGGACACUUGUGAAUAAUGAGCCUCCAUGCAAAUUGUCCAUCACUCAUCCUGGGAAAACAAGUGAAGAUUCUCUGAUUUAAUGGUCAGUUCCUACAGAAGUGCCUGUUACGUUCACUCAGUGUCUCCAUCUGUCUUCUGUGUGAUUGAGAGUCCCAAUGUAGCAACAGUAUUUAAAUAUGAGUUAUUUCUAUUUAUUUUGAGUCUGUGAGGGUCUUGUCAACAUGAGUGUGGUUAUAAAUGAUUUCUUUUGAAGAUAUAUUGUAGCAGAAGUUAAAAUUUUGUCACCAAACUAAACUUAUUGCUUAAUGACUUGUGUGUGUCCAGUAAAAUGUAUAGUAUUUGUAAGGUGCAUUGUAUCCUCUAUAACUAUUGGUACAUAGGAAGCAUACAGAACAAACCAUUAGCUUGUAUCUGAUAUUACCUUAUUAAAUAAUCUUAUUUUCAGACCUCAAGGUAAGACACUUUACCGUAGUAUCUGUUACAUUUAAAUAUCAGCUUUACAACUAUGUGGUAUCCUAUGUACAUAAUCUCAUUUAAUCCCUAUAACAACUGUGUUGUGGUACACUUUAUUAUUAUAUUCAUUCCAGAGCAAAGGGAAUGGAGAGAUAAAGUAACUUGCCCAACCUAGUAAAUAGCAGACCUCAGAUUUCCAAGGCUGUCACCUACUGUCCUUUUAGAAUACAAUUUAUAGCUUUGUUUUACUUUGAGAAAUUUAUUCAUUCAACAAACACUUAAGAAAUGCCCUUGCAUGUCAAUAUCUGUUCCAGGCAGUGAAUAUACAAGAUGUAAGAUAAAGUACCUUCCCUAAAGGAGCUCAUAUCAUGAUGGGGUGACUGAUGAGAAAAUGUAUUAUUACAAUUUAGUGCAAUGUCAUAGCAUAGACAUUAGAGACAUUAGGUAUUAGAGAAGAACGAUAGUGUGAGGAAGAAAGUAUAGAAAUAUUGCCAAAAGGAGGGGACACUCUGAGUGGCCAGUCAGUGUGUUCUUAGACAGUUGAAAAUACUUAAGUAUUUUAAUAAAGCAAUUUUAAUUUAUGAGAAGUCAAUAUUUUAAAAAACUGUCUAAAAUAACUCUUGCAUUCCUUUUUUAUCAUUAUCUUUAUCCCUGAUUUGUUUGUCUUUGCCAUACAAUCUGAUGCUUAUUUAUAUACCGUCUAGUAUUGUUUAGCAGUUCAUUUUAUUUAAAUGCAAUUGAAUUUUGAACUCAGACCUUUCCACGAUUUAAAAUACAUCCUCCUAAUCAUCUAAUUUUCCUUUCUAGAAGCAACCAUUUUGCUUUUUAUUAUUUUUCUGAAGAUAUUCUAUGAAAAGAUGUGAAAAUAUAUGAAAAAGUAUAUUUUUUAUUUCUUCUUCUUUUCCACAUAAAUGGUAACAAAUUAUGUGCUUGCUGUGCACUUUGCUAUUUUUUAUUUAAUAUAUUAUUUUUUUUAUGUAGAAGCUUAAACAAAUUUGAAGUUCCCAAAGGUCAGCACUAUGUCUUGUUUGUUUCUGGGUCACCUUUUCUAUAAAUAUUAGUAUCUUUCAUAAGACUUAGUACAUGUUAAAUAUGUGCUACACCUAGACAACCAGCAUUCAUUGAAUACUUGCUUUAUGACAGAGUUUGGAUUUGGUUUAUUUUGUGUUUCUUGGAGUGGGACCCAUGAAUUCUCUAUGGUACACUGAGUCAACUUAGUCCUAAAGGGUGACUUUAUUACUAAUUCUGUAUGACAGAAUCAUGUCUGGAACUGUUUUUUUUUUUCUUUCUUACUUGAGUAUAAACUUGACUUUGAUGUUGCACUUGCAAAAUUACAUGCUCUUUUUGGAAAUUCCAGUAGAGUGUCUUGACCCUAGACCCUCAACUUGCCAGUAAAGGUACAUGAGCUGUGCUUAAACUCUUGGUCCUGCCAGUUUUCAUCACUACACAGGCCUCUUAAGAUGCUGCUUUCCAAAGGCGUUGAGAUUCAAAUGGCCUCUCAAGAGCUCCCAGAGUAUUCCUUCCCUCUUAGCCAGUUACCUUGAUUGAUGACAAGGAAAACCUUCUCUGCUUUGUCACAUGUCAAGGCUGAAGAAACAGAAUCUCCAACAGAAUGUCUUCUGUUAUCUUUUUGCACAUGUUCAUCUGUACAAUAUUCCUUGUUUGUAUGAAGCACAAGCGAGGAUUCUGGUUGAGCAAGAGAUACAGUCUAUUCACUCCAUUCCUAAGUCUUAAUGCCUUUUCAUGGCAUUGGAUUUGUAAGGCACUUUAUCCCUUUGUCUUGUGUUUUAUUGUAAAUGUCAGAGGCAGAGAUGAUAUCUAAUUCUGUAUUUGAUUGUCAUUGUUAACACCUGCAUUAAUUAAAGAAAAUAUUCUUAUUUAUUUUGUUUCUAGCACACCAGCAUGUCCAUUUUCUUGUUUUCUACAUGUUUAAUAAAACCACUCCAAGUUUAACAUCC